AGCAAGAAGCAUCAUCUUCCUGACUUCAACUGCCAAGUAAUAGUAAUAGUAAUACAUUACACACAUUCACAAAGCAGGCACCGUUCUUAAAUUUCUUUUAAUUGAUUAUCCAUUCAGACAACACCGCCAACCACCCACUCACUACUCUCUCUCUCUCUCUCUCUCUCUCUCUCUCUCUCUCGAUUCGGAACCGUCGUUUUCUUACACCUGCGGGUACCUCCUCGGAUUUCUUCUUUUCUUUGGGGGUACCCUUCUCUCUCUCUCCCUCUCUCUCUCCACAGAUCGGAUCAACGCUUAGGCAAAAACACUGUCCAUUUCUCUUCAACUCUUCCCCACUGUACAUUACUCAAUCUCUUCUUCAAUUUUCACUUUGUAAUUUAUGUGCAUUUCUUUUAGCUCCUUUUCUGUCCAUUCCUCUCUUUCUUUCUUUCCUUUUGUUAUUUCUCCCCCUUUUGCAGUGUUCACUUCUUUUCUCAUUGCAAAGUUUUCGGUGCUAGGAAACGAACCUUGCUGCUCCUGGAUAACUUAAGCGAGCUUCAGGUUCUUGAUUUCCUGCGAAUCUGCUUCUAAGUCGUGUGCUAAUUCGCCAUUGCUACAUGUUAUAGGUAGCAGAAGAAGCUUUUGCCUUUUCUCUUCAUAUUUUGGUGGGUUUAGGUUUAUUCAUUAAUUUGUUUUGGAAUCCCAAAAAUCAAAGUCAACAGAAGAUGGUGAUUAACAAAACGCUUUUCCUCACUUACUUCUACUUGUUCAUCUACAUUUUGCUUUCUUCUGGGGUCAUUUUGUACAACAAGUGGGUUCUGUCUCCGAAGUACUUUAACUUUCCUCUUCCUAUAACGCUCACCAUGAUUCAUAUGGGAUUUUCUGGGGCAGUGGCAUUUUUGCUUGUUAGAGUCUUUAAGGUUGUGACACCUGUCAAAAUGACAUUUGAAAUAUAUGCAACAUGUGUGGUACCAAUAAGUGCCUUCUUUGCAUCAAGUCUUUGGUUUGGUAACACUGCCUACUUGCACAUCUCUGUAGCUUUUAUCCAGAUGCUCAAGGCUCUAAUGCCCGUGGCAACUUUCAUCAUGGCUGUUUUGUGCGGCACUGACAAAGCAAGGUGUGAUGUGUUCUUGAACAUGGUGCUGGUCAGUGUUGGAGUUGUCGUUUCCUCCUACGGGGAAAUUCAUUUUAAUAUAAUUGGUACAGUUUACCAGGUCACGGGCAUCUUUGCUGAAGCAUUGAGACUGGUCUUAACACAAGUUCUUCUGCAGAAGAAGGGAUUGACAUUAAAUCCAAUUACGAGCUUAUAUUACAUAGCACCAUGCAGUUUUGUGUUUCUAUUUGUGCCUUGGUACCUACUGGAGAAGCCUGUGAUGGAAGUUUCACAGAUUCAGUUCAAUUUUUGGAUCUUUUUCUCCAAUGCUAUAUGUGCUCUAGCCUUGAAUUUCUCCAUUUUCUUAGUAAUUGGUAGAACGGGUGCUGUAACUAUCCGGGUUGCUGGUGUGCUAAAAGACUGGAUAUUGAUAGCCCUUUCAACCGUCAUAUUUCCGGAAUCUACGAUAACUGGGUUAAAUAUAAUUGGCUAUGCUAUUGCGCUGUGUGGAGUUGUGAUGUACAAUUACAUAAAAGUUAAGGAUGUCCGCACCUCUCAAUCGCCUGCUGAUAGUUUACCAGAUCGAAUCACAAAGGAUUGGAAAUUUGAGAAAAAAUCAUCUGAUAUUUAUACACCAGACAAUAUUAGUGACAAUGAGGGAAGCAGUGGAGGCAAUGUUUCAACAUCUGAAAGGGACAUCGAUGAAGAAGCACCACUAAUUACAUCAUCGUCAAGGUUAUCUCAUAUUGGACGCACACAGCUAACCAACCAUCCAACAGGAAAAUGAAAAAAAAAAAAAAACAAAAAGAGAAAAAGAAGAAACCAAAUAUAAGAUUCAUUUUAGAGUACCCGUUUGGAGAAAGGAGCUAGAAAGAGGAAGCUGAGUCAAUUGCACCCUAUUCCUCUCAUUCUUUUUUAGACGAUAGGUUCUUAUAAGGCGAUCAUAAUAUGCUUUGUUCUUUGUAAUUACUUUGUUGAGUAGAAUGCAUCAUUUCUAGCUUGUGCAUUAUCUUUGACCAGAGGUGGAGGACAUAACUGGCCCUUAUAGAAAGUCCCCUGUUUUGGAAGCUCAGUUGUUUCAUUAUUCUUUCGGUUUUUUAAUGCAACAUUCCAAAGUUGAGUAGUUUUAUGUUC